AUGCAGGCCAAAAUCGAUUCCACCCCUUGGUCGAAUGUGAACUGCGAGAACGACAUCGUCGAUGCGCUGGUGUGGAGCAAGUGGGUAUUGCGAAUCCUCGGGCUCUGGCCGUUGGUAUUUCCGGGCACCUCAAUAAUCGAGAAGAUCCUAGCGACGAUCUCGUUCGCGCUAUGUUGGUCCGCGCUCGGUUUUCUCUUCGCAGCCAUGGCCGUCUUCGCUCUCUCGGACGAAGUCGUGAUAAACGACAAGGUGAAAAUGCUGGGCCCGCUAAGCUACGUGCUCUCGUCAAUGCUGAAAUACUUACUUUUAAUAAUUCGACAUAGAAACAUUCGACGAUGCAUUCACGCUCUGAGUAUCGAUUGGUGCACGGUCCAGAAAGAGAAUUACCGAACGAUCAUGAUAAAUGAGUCGGUGAAUGGGCACAUGCUGUCCAAAUUCUGUGUAAUGUUCUUGUAUUGCGGAUGCCUGUGUUACAACACUGUAAUGCCGUUCUUGUCGCAAAGACCCGACGCCGAGCGGAAUGCCACCGUUGGCCCAUUACCGUAUUCCGGAUUCGACAUCAUUUUCGAUCUGCGCUUCCCGCCGAUUUAUGUGUUUGUCUUUUGCUCGCAAUGCUUCUCCAGUUUCGUGAUGAUGAACGUAACCACGACGGUGUGUUGCCUGGCUGCCAUGUUCGUGGCUCACGCAUGCGGCCAAAUCAAGAUCGUGAUGACGCGAAUGGAAAGUCUCGUGCAAGGUGUGCAAAACGAUCCCAAAAAUUCCGGUCAUCGCAUGGCGGUCAUUGUGAAGCACCAUGUGCACGCGUUGAGAUAUUGCAGAUUUUCGGCCAACAUUGAGGACAUCUUAAGUGAAAUAUGUCUGGUAGAAAUUGUGGGAUCGACGUUGAUAAUAUGUUUACUGGAAUAUUACUGCCUCACGGAAUGGGAAAACAGUGACAGCAUUGCCAUUCUGACAUAUUUUUUUCUAUUGAUGUCAUUCGUCUUCAAUAUAUUCAUGUUUUGUUACAUUGGUGAACUACUGACGGACCAGUGCAGCAAAGUGGGAUACACUUCGUACAAAAUCGAAUGGUAUCACUUACCGGGAAAAAUUUCACUUGAUCUCACGUUGAUGAUCAGCAUGUCUCACCAUCCGAUGAAAAUUACCGCCGGGAAAUUGAUCAGCCUCUCGUUCUCUAGUUUUGGUAAAGUAAGUGCUAUUCAGUAUUCCUUUGAAGACAGAAAUACAUGUUGAAAAAUGUCACAUAUGUCGUUGUCCUUUCGUUGCGGUUCAUAGGUUCUGAAAACUUCGGUCGCGUAUUUAAACUUGCUGCGAACUAUUGUUUGAUGCACGCGAAAGACACGUCUUGAUGCUUCUUCCAUGGUAACCAUGAAAAAAUUAACAUUCAGCGUAUCCUCUUUGCUGAAGCUUCACGCUGAAUCAAUCACUCUCAAAAUAAAAAUGUAUACGAAUUCAAUAAAUCAUUGUGUGCACAAAUCGUACCAAACGAGCCGGCAUAGUUAUAUUUGAAUUUACUCGCAUCUUUACCUCGGCAAGUAUAAUAAUCUCCAGGUAACGUCAACGUUACAGAUUAUACAAUAUUGUCCGCAAGUUCCAGCUACAAGAUUUGCACUGGAACUAUAAAUCUUAUCCAUUCAACAAUCUAUUUGGAACAUUUGAAAAGUGACGAAAACUCUAGUUCGCUUGUGAUUCACGUACUCUAAACAAUGUUUAUUAAUAAACGUACA